AUGUCAUUGUCCGAGGAUCAUUUUACUACAACGGGCCAAUUCACCAAGAAGGUAUACCGUGAUGUAUACCCGGACAUUGACCCAACGUCGGCGUCCUUAUCCCAGGAGGGCAAAAUAGUCAUAAUCACAGGCGCAAGCAGAGGAAUCGGAAAGCUGAGCCUUGCGACUGCGUUUGCAAAGGCGAACGCCAAGGCAAUCGUUCUCUCCGCUCGUAAUGUAGCUGACCUUCAAAGCACUGAAGAAUUGAUUCAUGAGAUCAAUCCUCGCAUCGAAGUUCUGUCCGCAAAACUGGAAAUUACCGAUGAAGAGUCAGUUAAGAGUUUUUUUGAUCAAAUCAAGGCCAAGUUUGGAACAGCAGAUGUAUUAGUAAAUAAUGCGGGACUAUUUCAAAGCGAAGGCCAAUUUGUCCAGUCUGGAUUGUUGGAAACAUGGUGGCAUGAUAUUGAAGUCAACGUCAAAGGGCAAAUGCUAGUCGCAAAAUACUUCCUUCAGCUCCUCGGUAGUGAAAAGGAAGGCAUGUUGAUCGGAUUAAGCUCCGCAGCAGCUUUCAUGGUUGCUCCUGGAGCCUCCGCAUAUUCUCUGGCAAAGCUUGCUGAUCUGCAACUCACCCGGUAUAUAUCUGUUGAGAAUCCAAAUGUCACGGCCAUCUCUUUCCACCCUGGAAUUAUCUUAACAGAUAUGCACGAUGACGCACGGGGCUUUAGACACUUUGCCAAGGACACACCAGAGCUUGCUGGUGGAGUGGCGGUUUGGCUCUGCACAAAAACAGCUGCGUUUCUGAAUGGGCGGUACAUGGCUGUUAAUUGGGCCGUAGACGAACUUUUAGCAAAGAAAGAGGAGAUUAUAGCGGGCGACCUGCUGAAAAUACAGCUGGGUGGCGAGUUUGGAGAUGCUGUCAUCCAUUAUAUGUAG